AUGUUUAAUUUUUAUAUUUACAGUGAUAUAGAGCCAGUCGUCCGACAUGAGAAUUUCCGUUUAUUUGCUUGUAUGAAUCCUGCUACAGAUGUUGGUAAAAAAGAUUUAACACCUGGUAUUAGGAACAGGUUUACAGAGUUUUAUGUAGAAGAAUUAACGGAUGAAUCAGAUCUACGUAUACUGAUUAAUGAUUAUUUAUCUGGAUUAGCGUUAACAGCCAAUCAUCUGUCGGGUAUCGUACAAUUCUACGCAUCAAUUCGUACAGCAGCUAAUAAAUCCUUGGUUGAUGGUACGGGUCAUAAACCUCAUUAUAGUUUAAGAACAUUAUGUCGAGCUUUAAGAUACGCAGCAACGAAUCCAUGUGGUCAGUCAUCCAGAUCAUUAUAUGAGGGAUUUUGUUUAAGUUUUUUGACCCAGUUAGAUAGAAAAUCUCAUCCUGUCGUUGAACAGCUAGUCUGUAAACAUGUCAUCGGAAACUCAAACGUUAAAUCGUUGUUAAGUCACAGUCUUCCAGAACCUACAAGUGGUAAACAUCUGUUGUUUGAAGGAUAUUGGAUAUCCCAGGGUGCUUCAGAACCAGUUGUACCCGAAGGCUAUAUUCUGACGCCAUCAGUUCGAGCCAAUCUGCGUGAUUUGUCCAGGAUUGUAUCUGCAGGCCAACAUCCAGUUUUAUUACAAGGUGAAACAUCUGUUGGUAAAACUAGUUUAAUUACCUGGUUAGCCAAGUCUACUGGUAACGUGUGUGUCCGUGUAAAUAACCAUGAACAUACAGAUCUCCAGGAAUACGUCGGAUGUUACGCAGCUGAUGAGGCAGGAAAACUGGUCUUUAAAGAAGGUAAAGGAAACUAA